AUGUUUGCUUAUCUGAGGGCUGAAGAGGCACGGAAUAGCCAGAACAAUGACGAACUCGUCCCUGCUGAUCGGAGCACUACUGAUGAGCAGGCUGUUGUCGAAGAUGCUGACGACGUUUUCAGAAUUGAACGACCCCUGCUGCCAGAGAAUCAAGUCUUCGACGAAGAGUACGCAGACACAGACUCUCCAGGCCACUCAGAUGACGAUGGCUCCGACGACGACGCCCCUGCCACCAUCCCUAGCUCAGACAACGCCCCCAAACAGCUAGAACCCCUCAACCGUGAGUUCCUAGACGCUGACGCCGACGAUGAGGACGAGGAGCCGUUCCCGCCGCGGAAGAAGCAGAAGCGGGGGAGGGAAGACACUUCUCGGGUGGAUGAGGAGAGUGAGGAGGUGAAGGACGAGGGGCCGCAGAAGAUUGAGCGGGUAAAGAAGCACGUGAAAGAAAUUAAGGUAGACAUUGAGUAG